GUAAAAAGCACUACAUAUAUUCCCCCUUUCCUGCCUUCUCGCCCCGCUCUACGCAGUCUUCAAUUCUCCCCCAAGACCUUUUGAAAACAAUCUGAACUUUCAACUCCCUCCUUUAUUCCCUAUAUCCACUCCUUCAACUCAAUUCAAAAUGCGCUCCACAAUCCUCCUGACCACCCUCUUCACGGCCACCGUCCUCGCCUCUCCCCAUCCCCAUGCGGAAAUCAUCCAAAUCCGCCAAGUCGAAAGACGCCAAGACGUCAGCUCCAUCGACAUAAACACCCUCAUCCCCUCCGGCUGCAUCCCGCCCUCAGGCCUCCUCGCCGUCCCGACGGCCCCCUCCGCCGUCCUCUCCGCUCUCGCCACUUGGACGAACCCCUGCGAAGUCCCCUCCCUCACCGGCGCCGCCGGCGCGGAAUACACCUCCUACAAAAGCGCCAUCAGCUCGUGGGCGAAAGAGAACUCGGCGAAGCUGGAGAGCUGGGAGUCGGCGUACAAGACGGCGUGUCCGUAUGCGGCGACUAUGAGUCUGCCGACUGUCGUGGCGAGCAAUACCGCGUUGCUCAGCCUGGCGAGUUGUGGCGCGACGGCGAAGUCAGAAAGUGCCGCGACGUUGAAGUCUGGUGCUGCGACGUCACAGUCAGGAAGUGCUGCGACUGCAGCGAACGCGGCGACUGCGUCGGGAAGCAACUCUGCGAGCACAGGUGCAGCGGCCCAGCAGACAGCUUUUGCGGCCGCAGCAGGAAUCCUGGCAGGUUUCGCGGGUGUUGUCGCUGUGCUCUAAGCGCCUAGGCUGUUGGAAGAAGUUUUAGCAAAGGGAAUCGGGCGCAAGGUGGAAUAUUUUCUUGAGUUGGAUGAGAUAAGUUAGUAAUCUGAGAACAAGCAACUUGAUCAGGAUAUGUACCCCGUUGUAAAAUUGAAUAAGCAGAAAGGUUGAAAUUUGAGAUUUCUCUUACUAUGUAAAGUCUAUCUUUCUCCACUAAUACAUUGUUUUCUUCUCUGCUAGAGAUUUGAUAGUAUGAGAGUUUGUCCGCUUGGUUCUUACUAGGAUCCCAACCUCUCGCAACCCUCCAUAAAUUUUGGAUACUGUAAUUCGAAUACUCGCUAGUCCUUCAAGUUGUCAGGCUGUCCCCGCUCUGGGAGAGCUGAUACAGUAAGAAGGACGAGAUCAAGAUAGUGUGGACACCAAAUCUUCCAGAGGUCCAGAAGAACC